CAGGGCAGUUGGUCUUGGGGCUGAGUACCGGUGUCUGCGUGUCCUUUCGUGGGGUUAGCGGUAGGAGACCGGGGCUGAGGACACGGGCGCACAGGCCAUGGCCUCCGCCGGGCUGCCCCAGGCCCCCGCCGAGGACUCCCCUUGGCCUCUGCGCCUCCUGCACGCGCCGCCGGGGCUGCUGCGGCUGGACCCCACGGGCGGCGCGCUGCUGCUGCUCGUUCUCGCCGCGCUGCUGGGCUGGAGCUGGCUGUGGCGGCUCCCGAAGCGGGGCAUCCCCCCCGGGCCCACGCCCUGGCCCGUGGUGGGCAACUUCGGCUUCGUGCUGCUGCCGCCUUUUCUCCGACGGAAGAGCUGGCCGUACCGGCGGGCAAGGACCGGAGAAUUGAAUACCUCGGGCCUGGGCGUGCAGUUGCUCCUGGCAGACCUGGCCCGUGUGUACGGCAACAUCUACAGCUUCUUCAUCGGCCACUACCUGGUGGUGGUCCUCAACGACUUCCACAGCGUGCGCGAGGCGCUGGUGCAGCAGGCCGAGGUCUUCAGCGACCGCCCGCGGAUGCCGCUCAACUACAUCCUGACCAAGGGGAAGGGGAUUGUAUUCGCACAUUAUGGUCCAGUCUGGAGACAACAGAGGAAGUUCUCUCAUUCAACUCUUCGUCAUUUUGGCUUGGGAAAGCUUAGCUUGGAGCCCAAGAUUAUUGAGGAGUUCAAAUACGUGAAAGAGGAAAUGCAGAAGAAUGGAGAAGUCCUCUUCAAUCCUUUCCCCAUUGUCAACAAUGCUGUCUCUAACAUAAUUUGCUCUUUGUGCUUUGGCCAGCGCUUUGAUUACACCAAUAGUGAGUUUAAGAAAAUGCUUAAUUUUAUGUCACGAGCGUUAGAAAUCUGUCUGAACACCCAGCUCCUCUUGGUCAACAUAUGCUCCUGGCUUUAUUACCUUCCCUUUGGACCAUUUAAGGAAUUAAGACAGAUUGAAAAGGAUUUAACUAUUUUCCUUAAAAAAAUCAUCAAAGACCAUCGAGAGUCUCUGGAUGUAGAGAACCCUCAGGACUUCAUAGACAUGUAUCUUCUCCAUGUGGAGGAGGAGAGGAAAAAUAAUAGCAAUAGUAGUUUUGAUGAAGAUUACUUAUUUUAUAUCAUUGGCGAUCUCUUCAUUGCUGGCACUGAUACCACAACUAACUCUUUGCUUUGGUGCCUCCUGUAUAUGUCACUGAACCCCGACAUACAAGAAAAGGUUCAUGAAGAAAUUGAAAGGGUCAUUGGUGGUGACCGUGCCCCUUCCCUCACUGACAAGGCCCGGAUGCCCUACACAGAAGCCACCAUCAUGGAGGUUCAGAGGCUGAGCGUGGUGGUGCCACUCUCCAUCCCUCACAUGACCUCAGAGAAAACAGUGCUCCAAGGGUAUACCAUUCCUAAAGGCACGAUAAUAUUACCCAACUUGUGGUCAAUACACAGAGACCCAGCCAUUUGGGAGAAACCAAAUGAUUUCUACCCUAAUCGAUUUCUGGAUGAUCAAGGACAACUUAUUAAAAAGGAAACAUUUAUUCCUUUUGGGAUAGGGAAGCGGGUAUGUAUGGGAGAGCAGCUGGCAAAGAUGGAAUUAUUCCUGAUGUUCGUGAGCCUAAUGCAGAGUUUCACAUUUGCUUUGCCUAAGGACUCGAAGCCGAUCCUGACUGGGAAAUACGGUCUAACUUUAGCCCCACAUCCGUUUAAUAUAAUCAUUUCAAAGAGAUAAAGAACACCUCCAUGAAGAGAUGGUGCAGAGAAUGUAAAUACAUGUCCUUCUAAACAGAUUCUUCCUUCUGUAAUUGACAGCGGAUCCAGCAACUCUGCAGGUCUAGGUUAGGCUUGGAUUAGAGAGAGAUUGGAAAGAGGAUAGAGCACGUGGGACCUUUCAUCUUGGAGGGUUCCUCAGAAGGAAACUUCAACCAUUUUAGUAAUGCACGUGACUUGGGGGAUGGCGACGAAAGUACUGGAUUCGGAAGCAGGGGAUACGGAUUUUAUUCCCAGCAGCCUCCACCAAUGAGCAUUUCUUCUCAUCCCUCAGUGCCUCAGUCAUUCCACGUGGAAAAUGACGGUAACAAAAUUUGACUUUUCUCUCUAUCUUGGCAUGAAUGAUGGUCAAAUGCUCCAUCUUUUCUGACAUCACCAAAGCACUGUUAAGCUCUGGAGAACAAAUUCAGGAGGAGAAGGAAGACCUACCUGUUUAAGACCCAUGACAACAUGAAAGUGGUGUUCAGACUUGAAUACUUCAUCAGAGAAGGACGUGGGUUUAGGGGACAAUGAAUUAGAGCUUUUCUUCUUAUUAUUAUUUUUUUACUUAAUUUCUUUUUGGCUGCGUUGCGUCUUCGUCGCUGCGUGGGCUUUCUCUAGUUGCGGUGAGCAGGGGCUACUCUUCAUUGCCAUGCAUGGGCUCUCAUUACAGUGACUUCUCUUGUUGCGGGGCACAGGCUCUAGGGCACACGCGGGCUCAGUAGUUGUGGCGCACGGGCUUAGUUGCUCCAUGACACGUGGGAUCUUCCUGGACCAGGGCUCGAACCUGUGUCCCCUGCAUUGGCAGGCAGAUUCUUUUUUUUUUUUUUAUUUUAAUUUAUUCAUUUAUUUUUGGCUGUGUUGGGUACUCGUUGCUGCACGCGGGCUUUCUCUAGUUGCGGCGACCGGGGGCUACUCUUUGUUGCGGUGCACAGGCUUCUCGCUGCGGUGGCUUCUCUUGCUGCGGAGCAUGGGCUUUAGGCGCGCGGGCUUCAGUAGUUGUGGCACGUGGGCUCAGUAGUUGUGGCUCGCGGGCUCUAGAGUUCAGGCUCAGUAGUUGUGGCGCACGGGCUUAGUUGCUCCGUGGCAUGUGGGAUCUUCCCGGACCAGGGCUCGAACCCGUUUCCCCUGCAUUGGCAGGCAGAUUCUUUUUUUUUUUUUUUUUUUUUUAAUUUAUUCAUUUAUUUUUGGCUGCGUUGGAUGCUCGUUGCUGCACGCGGGCUUUCUCUAGUUGCAGCGACCUGGGGCUACUCUUUGUUGCGGUGCACAGGCUUCUUGCUGCGGUGGCUUCUCUUGUUGCGGAGCAUGGGCUUUAGGCGUGCGGGCUUCAGUAGUUGUGGCACGUGGGCUCAGUAGUUGUGGCUCGCGGGCUCUAGAGUUCAGGCUCAGUAGUUGUGGCGCACGGGCUUAGUUGCUCCGCGGCAUGUGGGAUCUUCCUGGACCAGGGCUCGAACCCGUGUCCCCUGCAGGAUUCUUAACCACCGUGCCGCCACCAGGGAAGCCCUAGAUCUUUUCUUGACACAGAUCUUAUGUCGGUUUUGGAGGACUUGUUUUGUUAUUAUCUUUUUGUUUAUGAUUUUAGUUUUUACUUUUUGUAGACAUGGGAUGAAGUGGACCCUUGUUUUAGUAUGUUGAGGAAAGGUUAUUGUCUGAAUCUAUACGUCCGCCUUCUCUAUUUCAACUACAUGAACAGUGAGCCUAGCUGAAUAAGUGGCUUCAUGGCAGAAUUCCUUUCUGCUGUGUUUAUUCACAAGGAUGUAGCUCUAGCUUUUGACUUGAGCCCUCAGUAGUGAGCUCUGGAAUUUUAAUACUGGGAUUUAUGAGAAAAGGAUUCAAACUGUACUGAACGUUCCUUAACUGUUCUUCCUGCCACCAGGCCUAAUGUAUCUCAUCCUUGAAGACUUGUAAGGACAGGAAGGCAUUCCUAUUCUUUUUAAGAUAACUAAAUUGUUUCUUAACAAAUAAACUCCCUCUAAAAGAACGGUUCUCAAAAAAGGUAAUGACUUCUUUCAGGGGCUGUUUGGAAAUAUGUGGGUGUGUUUUCAGUUAUCACCGUGAUGGGGGUGCUAAUGGCUUUUUUGUUGCCAUGGGGCCAGGAUGCUAAAUGUCUGAGCAGUCCUAGACAAUGAAGAGCUGACCUGGCCAAAGAGAACAUGCUCCGAAAGUGGCUAGCCCUUUCCUUUAUUCUCCCGUUAUACUCCUUAUAUAGAAAGGAUCGUGAUAAUAACAUAAGCAGCCGUACUUUUGAGCCUUUCCUCAUGCUGGCACCAUACUUUAUGCUUUACUUGUAUGCUUACAUAAUUCUUAAAGAAUGUUUAGUAAGAGGAUGCCAUUCUGUAGCUGAUGAAGCUCAGGCUUAGAGAGUUACGGCCUACAUGUAGUGAAAAAGUACCACAGUGCAUUUCAAACCUACCAGUCUUCGUAACUGGAGAGUUCUUCCUGUACCACUUCUCUAUACUGCCCCUCUGCAUUGGUCUCAUACCAGUCUGCCCCUCUGCAUUUUCAAAAUGGGUUAAUGAAAUACAGGCCAAUCUUUAGGUGCCUUGAGGAUUUUUGUUAAUUAAAAAAGAAAAACUAAGAAACGAAAUGCAUAGGCACUGUGAGUGAAUGGAGAGGUUGUUAUAGAGACUUUAUUUAUUUUUUAUUAAUUAAUUAAUUAAUUUUUAUUUUUGGCUGCGUUGGGUCUUCGUUGCUGUGCACAGGCUUUCUCUAGUUGUGGCGAGCAGGGGCUACUCCUCAUGGCAGUGCGCGGGCUUCUCAUUGCGGUGGCUUCUCUUGUUGCAGAGCAUGGGCUUCAGUAGUUGUGGCACGUGGGCUCAGUAGUUGUGGCUCACGGGCUCUAGAGCACAGGCUCAGUAGUUGUGGCGCACAGGCUUAGUUGCUCCAUGGCAUGUGGGAUCUUCCUGGACCAGGACUUGAACCCGUGUCCCCUGCAUUGGCAGGCGGAUUCUUAACCACGGUGCCACCAGGGAAGCCCCUAGAGACUUCAGAUGGAUGAUGCAUGUGUGAAUUACCCUGUACCAUGAGCAGGGCAGUUUGUUCUGAUCUGGAAUUUCAUAUGCUUCAGAAUUGCACUAGUAACUUUGCAUCAGCAAGUUUAUUACUCUUCGAUUUAUACAUGCAUUUUCAGUACCCCCUAACCAAACAGUUUGUAGCUAACUUGAGAAAAAAACUCUUCUGUGAGAUUAUGUUGAAAUCAGAUGUUUAUUAUACUUUAAAAUAUAAUGCCUUAAACUGUAGCACUUUUAAAACAUCUGUUUAUGGCAAAUCACUGAAAGGACUGUUAAUGCUUCCCUUGCACAUGUUGAUAUUUUACGAUUUUUUACUUUAUGAUUUAUUUGAAGUGUAAAAAUAAUAGUACUUUGUUUUGUAAGUUUGCCUAAUACCUACUUUUUAGUCCUCAUCAUUAGCAUGAUUUUUGAUGCUUAUAUUAAACUUUUAAUUUUAACUGA